UAUAAAUAUCAAAACUAUUUAAAAAGGUAUACUAUAGGAAAUGAUAAAAGUGAUAUAUCACACGCAAUUUCUGUUGACCUUGUUAAAAGAUUAGGUGGAACCAAUUCAUCAUCAGCUUUAUUGGCUUUAUUGGCUUUGAUAAGAUUUAGCAGAGAUAUGACAGCACAAAAAGUAACUUUAUUGGUUUUGGCUAUGGCGAAUGGCACACAAACUUGGUUGGAUUUCAAGUGUUGGAAAAGCGGAAGAUGGAAUUGGGCAUUUUUAACAAAAUCUGUUGGUGGCAAUGGUAUAAUUGCUCUUAUUAACAUUAUUGCUUAUGGUGUUACUGUUGCAAAAACCAGAUCCAUCUUAUAA